AUGAGUCGCAAAGAUAGGCAGCUUGUUAUAAUCUUUCACACUGAGGCAGAGAAGUGGGCAGCCUACGUAAAGUCAAUGUUCACUGGUUCUUUACCUGAGGAUGGGAUCUUCUGCUGCAACAUCACCACACUGUCCAACAGUCCGAAGGACUACCUUGGGCUUGAAAAGUACAAUUGUAAACUACUGAUCCUUUCUGAAGGCGUGCUGAAUGGGUUUUGCCUGACAUGGGGCAUCUUUUUGACCCGUGUCCUGAAACCUGCAGCUCAGGUGGUGGUGCUGCUGUGUGGGGUGGAGAGUCUGACUCCACUGAUGGAGGUAUUGCACCUGGAUGAAGACAAAUGCCAUCUGUUAUCCAGUAAACAAGAUGGACAUGAGUAUGUGUCCACAGUGCUUGAAAUUGUGAAAAGAGGUGCGUCAGCCACAGCGGAAAAUGUCAACCCACUGACAUGUAAACUGUCAAAGCCAAAGGUGGAACAAACGCGGUCAACUGGAGGCCUCAGCGUCAGGUCCAGAACAGUCGUCCUUCCUUCCAGAGUACCCUGCAGGUCUUCCAUGGAGCUGUUUAUUCUUUUUAAAGAUGAGGCUCCCGGCAGAGACACUGAGGUUGAGUUCACUGGUGAUAAUCAGAGGCUGACAGUAAAGCCUGUCCAUUGGAAUGAGUGGACCCUGUGUGUCAGUGCACCUGAUUUUCCAGCAGGACGAGUAGCUGUGAUAGUGUAUAGCCAUGGGGUGCCAUUGAGCAAGGCCUUUCUGCAGUACUACAACAUGGAUGAGAUAUCUAACCUUCUGUCAAGGGUUGAAGACCCUGUACAUUUCAUGUGUCAGGUAAAACUGUGGCCUUGUCAGUGGGACCUGCUUUUUUCCUCCAGUCUCAACCCUUGUGUUAGUAAACCUGAAUUAAAAAAAACUUUUUUCUGUCCAUGUUGUUUUGAGACGCUUCAGGUGUCCACUGUAGACAGACUGAAUGAGAGGUUGCCGUCCAUGUUGCCGGAGGGAAUGUCCAAAAAAGGCUUCCAUGCAGUGCAGUGUGAAAACACACUUAAAACAGGUACAGAAACUCCCCUCUUGUGCAAGAACCACACAGAUGUAUCAUCAGUCUGCCACUUUGGGAACCAGUAUAGCUGGAAGAAGAUGCCAAGGCAGCUCCUGCAGUGUGACGAUGCUAAGAAGGUGGUGUGCACGUCCAAUUGCCAUGAUCACACUUCCACUGACUUAGCCCAGGGUCAAGGCUGUACAGAUCUUCAUGUCCUAUUGAAGAAAAUGGAGAAUGAUUUGGACAAUGCUGAGGACAACAGUUGUGGCAGUGUGUAUGAAAAUACAUGGCCUACAGGAAAUGAUGGUAGCAAAACCAGCAUGAAGCAAUUUAUCAAGACUUUCUGUGCAUCAGGGAAGCCUUCCAGCGAGGAAGGCCAGAGAGAGCAGCAAGAAGAAGGCGAGGGACGGGAGAAGGGGGAUUUCUACGCAUCACUGAAGAUGAAUGAUAUAUACAGCACCGUCCACAAAUCAACAAGGUCGGUCGUCGCCAACCGCCCACCAGUACCAACACCACGGUCUGAGUGUGUUCAGGUGAUGGACAACAGAACCCCGUUCAUCGCUCAAGGUAUCUGUUCCCUUUUAUGAUAUUCCCCCCAGAAACCCCAGAUAUGAUAGAGCUCACCUGGAUUAAAACCAACACUGAGUAAACAGCAUGUGAAGAGGGUCUGAAAGCUAAUGUAGGAGGGUGGAAGUGCCUGGUAUGUCCAUUGUCGAAUGGAGUAGAGAGGCUUUUUAGCGUAGCACUUUGUUUUGAUCCAACAAAUCACAGAAACACACUGGCUCACCGCUUCAAAACAAACGAAAGUCACAAACAAAAAAGAGAAGGACCCAUUCACCAGCGUCAAAAGCUGACAGGCCCUAAAUGUUCAAAUCCAACAUGUGAAUAUUUCAUGAGGAUGAAACGGUCAAAGUCACUGGUAUUAUUAAAGCUUAUAAAUCAUUAAAGUGUCCGCAGCUGUCUCUUUUCAUCAGGCAGGAGCAAACAUGAACACAUGUAUCCACCGGUGAUUGUUAUUCUCACUGACAGCGCUGAACCUGACCCUGGUUAAUGAAUUCAAAACACACAUUAAAAAAACUGUAGUUACAAAACACCCUAAUUAGGCAUCUUUCUACUGAGCUUGUUUGCAUCCUGUGAGCCAACUCACUUCCCAAAGGGGCUUACAAAGCAGAAAAAGAAAUUGAGUGGAGUGCACCACUGAACUCUCUGCAUCUCCACCAUCCUCUCAGUAAUAGACAGGGAACCACGAGCCUGCCAUCUGCAACCAAUCUGGGCCAGGCCAAGGCCAAGUCCACCAAAAUAAGUCAUUGCACGUGUUUUCCAUCGUCCCUGUCCCCAGAGUGCACGAGAAAAAGGAGAGGGAUUUCGAGGUUUCCAUCUAUUGAGACAGCCGAGCUUCGAACCGCACAAGGAUCACAUUUUGCUUCUCACUCCCACUGCCGCAGUGAAAGAUGGGAGAGGAGAGACGAGGCUUGGUGGAGGAUUAGGCUCGGAGCCAGUUAUUGGAGAACACGAGUGGAAAUAAUGAGGAGUUUUUUAUUUUACUUUGUUAGCAACAGCGUCCUUGGUUCAGUAUGUCUGAAAUGUUGGAUUUUGAUUGAAAUUUGGUCGCAGAGGAGAGGAAAUAAGUGGAACGUUAAAUACAUGGGAGCAGUGCAACACAGAGCAGGCAAGACAGAGUGAGAGCAGCGGUCAUGUGACACAUCUGCUGCACUGCUUCACUCUCAAUUUCAUUCAAAUUUAAGCCACAAAGCCAGGCUGGUCUAUGGCUGUGUUUGAACAUGGGCUGAGGGAACAGUGUCAGAGUCCCUGUACUGCAGGAAGCAGUUAGAGACAGGAUUAUCUGGCAGGGUGUGGAUGUUGAAUUUAAAUCCAGAGUUGGUCACACAGCCACAGAUCCACUGACUGUGACAGCUACACUGUGAUGCCAUUCAACCAAGCCGUUCACUGCCGAAGCAAAAGCCUCAUUCAGAAGGAAAUGAUAUGAAGCGCAGAAAUGAUAGUUAGUAAAAUACUAUACUUUUUCACGUUCAGAUUUCCUCACAUUUGUACCUCUUGAAUGGAUGUCUUUUUUAAUCUACAUUCUAUUCUUAAUGUACGAAGCGUUGCACAUCUUAGGCUGAGGCGAUUGUUGUGAAGAUUAUGGCAUA